AUGGCUAAAGAUUUAUUACCCAAGCAAGCGGCCAACGAGCCAUCAUCAAAGGACUGUACCUGUAAAAGAUGUCUUAAAUUGAGCACUUCAAAAGAGAAGAAGAUUAGAAGAAAGAAGAAGAAUGGGAGACAUUACGGGAAUAGACGAAAGUCGAUGUUUAACUUUUUGAAGCAUACGAACUUGGAGAAUACGAAUUACGACGUGAUCACCUCGGUUGGAUACCUUAAUGAAAAAUAUGGAUUGAAGAAGUCACAUUACAUCGAAAAGUUUAUCAAGUGCAUCCACAGAAAAAUAGAUGUCGAUGUUAGCAAAAUCACGGAUGCUUAUGUAAACUCGUUAAACCCGUGGGUUAAAGUAAAACUCUUUCUUUUGUUGGUCACUUUGUCUGAAAAAGGUGGUCCGGAAUACUGGCUGGAUAAAACAGAAGGUGAUAAGAACUCAGAAUCGUCUUCAUCGGAUGAUGGUUUGGAAAAUUCUGCUAAAGGCGGAGAUAGAGCUGAAUUUAAUACUUUGAAGGAUGAAAUGGUAAAAACCCAUAAAAACCUUUUUCCAACUUUGACAGAACAGAUCAUACAGCAUAACAUCAACCAAGAUUUUACGGAAUCGACUUACGAUGAGGAUUACGUUUUUUCGUCUAUUUGGGCAAACUUCAUGGAAGGAUUGAUCAACCAUUAUUUGGAAAAGGUCAUUGUGCCUUAUUCAGAGAUGAAAGUCUGUCAGCAAUUAUACAAACCUAUGAUGAAAAUUAUUUCCCUCUAUAACGAGUAUAAUGAACUUAUGGUUAAAAGUGAAAAGAACGGGUUUUUGCCUUCUCUACAAGAAUCUGAAAAUGUCAAAAGUGAGAAAAGCGAAAAAGAGAGCAAAGAUGAUGUCGUUAGCCAAGAAAGACUGGAAAGAGCACAAAAGCUGUUAUGGCAAGCUCGAGAAGAUAUUCCAAAGACAAUCAGUAAAGAAUUGACCUUAUUAUCAGAAAUGUAUUCCACAUUAUCUGCUGACGAACAAGAUUACGAAUUAGAUGAGUUUGUCUGUUGCGCAGAGGAGUACAUUGAACUAGAGUACCUACCUGCACUUGUGGAUGUGUUGUUUGCCAAUUGUGGCACGAACAACUUCUGGAAAAUUAUGUUGGUGUUGGAACCCUUUUUCUACUACAUUGAAGAUGUCGGCGGAGAUGAUGACGAGGAUGAUGACAAUGUGGAUAACAGCGAGGACGAUGAAGACAGCCUACUUAACAAGAAUGUAGAAGGAGAUGAUAAUGUGGCGGAACAUCAUUUUAAGCCUGAUCCAAGAGUGAUUACACUGGAAAAAAUAUGUGAAGUCGCUGCGAGACAGAAAUGGAUAUAA